GUUCUGAUCUCUUGAAGUAUCGUUCUUGAGACACACCCUUGCGGGCAAUGGCGGCUACUGUUGUGAACAUGAAACUUUUGUUGCUCAGACAAGCAAAGCGAGAUAGGCGAUGCACGAGUGCAUUGACGAUGACAAAGAAGCUGGAGAAGUCCGAACCACAGAUGAGUGGUGGUGAUCAAGUUGAUGAGCCCGAUGAGGAUCGUCAAUGUUGGGUGCCGCACCCGAGAACCGGAAUAUACGUGACGAGAGGUCAAGAACGGGUGGUGGACAACGUUCCAGAGGGUGCAGCUUCUUUCUGUCAGGCUUUCUGGUUCAGGAGUGUUGAUGGACAGACCCGAUCCAGAUGAACCGACUCGUCGCGGGUCUUCUUUCUCUAGGUAAAUAGUGCGAAUUCGAGUGCCUGAAACCGAAGCAGUUCCACAGAAUCUCACAAGUUCAAGGGAAGAAAAGUAUGUGCUACAUUGUUAUUAAUCCAAUAAACCCUAUGAAUUAGCAUGGCAACUCA